UGCAGUCAACAACACAUGAGAGAGGAACAUAUGAUUGUAUGUGUGUUCGAAUGAGGGUUGAUGUGACUUGCGCCAAGUUUGAGGCUAAUGCAGCAAGCUUUUUUGUCACACAGAAAGCUUCUUUGGGAUAGAAUGGAACAGUGGCUGUUCUCCAGGUCUAAGUAGAAGGCACAAGCUGCACAUCUUCCAUCUUUUUAAAAAAAUCUUCAGACUUUUCAGAUAGACCUGUUCUGCCUGAGGAAGAAUUCUGUGUGAAAUGGAAACUUGCUGCGUUGGUACCAAUGUUUCUAGAUUCUGUAAUUUUGCUUGGGAGAUGCCCGCCAUGAGUGCCACCUGCUGGGCUUCUAACAAUCAGCUGCGAGCUCCUUCGUUCAAAUAUCUGUGCCUCCUACAGUGGGAGAGGGUAGGUCUGCGAGGUAAGGAAGUGCUUUAGAAGAAAGACUAUUGGCCCUGGAGAGCCAGGUAAGAGGUUUGCCAGCUCCUGUGGUUAGUUGCUGGUGCCUGGGGAGGGAAAGCAGCUUUUAAUUGAAUUGUGUCCAGUUAAUUGUAGUCAUCCUUGGUUCUUUGGGAUUGGCAGGGGGCCAGCCUUACCGCAGAGAUCUCUCUCCCCCCACAGCGCAGUGCUGGGAAGGGCUGGCAGUUUCCAUAUCACCUCCCCCCAUCCCACUUCCAAAGUGCUUCAGUGGUUUUUUUCCUAUAAAAAGAUCCAUUUGUGCAGCAAAGGUAUCAGGUCUGCAAACCACCACAACUUGGCAGUGAGCUACCCCCCGCCACCUCUGCCCCCUGCCGUUUGCCCUCCUGAUCACCAUGGCUCCAUGCUUGUUGUGUGCUACCCAUCCAAGGAAUCGAUCUUGAGCGUGACCCCACGUGGAGGCAGUGCUGUGAUGCGCCUCACCACUGUCUUUGCGCUUUUCACCGUGGUCCUGGUUUACCUAGUCACCGGGGCCUUCAUCUUUCGCCAGCUGGAGCAGCCCUAUGAAGUCCACCAGCAGGGGAAACUCAAUGCUUACCGCGAGCAGUUUCUCAAAGUGCACCGGGAACAGUUCUUGAAACAGCACCAAUGUGUGGGGCCCGAUGAACUGGAUGCACUCAUUCAGCAAGUAAGCGAGGCCAUAUUAGCUGGAGUGGACCUUUUCAACAACAACACCAACAGGACCAGCUCGAACUGGGACAUGGGCAGUGCCUUCUUCUUCGCGGGCACCGUUAUCACCACCAUUGGGUUUGGCAAUAACUCUCCCCAAACUGAUGCUGGCCGGCUCUUCUGCAUCUUCUACGCAUUGGUAGGAAUUCCUCUUUUUGGGAUGCUACUGGCCGGAGUCGGGGACCAUCUGGGAUCAUCUCUACGGAAGGGAAUUGGCAAGGUGGAGGAUAUUUUCUUGAAAUGGCAGGUCAGUCCAACUAUCGUGAGGAUCCUCUCGGCGCUGCUCUUCAUUCUCAUUGGCUGCCUCCUCUUUGUGUCCUUGCCCACUGUUAUCUUCCAAAAUUUGGAACACUGGACCCUCCUUGAGAGCGUUUACUUCGUGGUCAUCACACUGACCACCAUCGGAUUUGGCGAUUACGUGGCAGGAGAUACAUCCGCUGAAGAGUAUCCGUGGUACAAACCAUUGGUAUGGUUCUGGAUCCUGCUUGGUUUGGCCUAUUUUGCCUCCAUCCUGACCAUGAUUGGCAACUGGUUGAGGGUGUUGUCCCGACGCACAAGAGCUGAGAUGGGUGAUUUGACCGCCCAUGCAGCCUCCUGGACAGGCAACGUGGCAUCCCAGCUGCGCGUCCCUAACAUGGCAUUGCCAGACAAGCUACACAGAGUUGGUGCCUUGAAAGGGAAACCUCCAUCUCCUUCUGGCAUCUCACAGCAAACUGAAGAGCCGCUCCAACAGUCACCAACACACCCACUCCCACCCAUAGGGCCGUUGCAGCCCCCGGCCUUAAUCCCGCCGCUGCCACCAAUGUGCCUACCGUGUCCAAGCCCUUCCCCAGCUACCAACCGGCGUGUGGCCCAGCUGAACGCUCGCAAUGCCGUCCAGUUGCGGCCUAUAGACUACACCGGUGAAAACAUGGCUUUUAUUGACGAGAGUUCGGAUGCACUGAGUGAUGGAGGACCCCCUUCAGCCAAGCCACCCCGCCGCUUGCGCCCCCGGGCCCGACAUCGUACAAACCCUGGCCAGCCCCCAGGACUACCCAUGGAUGUGCUGAACCGUACCCGAAGCAAAGGAGAAGGUGUUUAGGAGGGGACUGGGCCGAUACCCUGGCUUGGAGCGUGUUACGUACGUGUGGUGCAGUUCGUUUCAUUCCUCUUUUGCCGCCCCACGCCCCAGCAGAGUGAAUUCCAAAGCAUCUCAGCUGUUCUUUCCCGGUGGUGCUAACUCAGUGUCCUGGCACAAACUCUGUACGCUGCAGUGCCUGCUCUAUGCUGCCAAUCGGACCCUCUCCCUUCCAUUCACACAGGGAAUCCCGCCCUCUUUACAGUGCCAACAGAGUCCCUUGCUUCGGGGGGAGGGCAGACCCCGACAUCGCAACUUUCCUCUUCGCAUGGUGCUCCCAUCUCACAUCUCCCCCCAUAUCGGCUCUUUUCCUGCAGCAUUACGACCUCCUCCUGGCUGCACGCAAGCAUAAGUGGAAGCCUCAUUUAAACCUAUGUGCCUGUUGUGGUCAUCCCUUUUAUUAGCAUUGGAACUGCACCUCUUGGGGGCCUGCACCAACCCUGUUUGUCCCCAGUGCCAAGCACCAAGUCUGUUUACUACUGCAUGCCUUCCUGAACCCCUAACCUCAAGCGAAAACGCACACAGAACCUCCUCCCCUGUGAGCGAGAUUAGGAAUAUAUCUACACACCAUGAAUGUGAAAAGAUUUAAGAAUUAUUCCCUUUCCCCAGAAGAUCCUGGGGACCGUUGUUCUGUGAACAUUGAGCGAGGGAUUUGUCAGGGCACAUUCUCAGGAUUCUUUGGGCAUGAUUUGCGAUGGGGAUAAGGCCAAAGUUCUUCUUUUUGAUGGUAGUGGGUCCAGGGAGGCUAUGUUGAGGGCUAACUUUCUUUUAAAAAAACCACCCACAUCUGUGCCUCUUGUCUCACAGGGAGGGACGCUAUUCCUCCCCGCACAAUCAGUGGGGAGAAACUUAUGGGGAACACAUACUCCAUUGGAGGUCCAGCACUCUUAAACCUCCUCUGAGGGGUGUUGGGUUAGAUAGACAGGCCAGCUCCCACAAACAAGAGAGUUGACUGUGGGAGGAAGGUAUCCAUUCCUUCCUGUUAUUCAACGUACACUUCACAAAUGUUCCCGUUCUCUGCUCAGUUUAGUGGAAGCAUCUUUCUCUCUGUCUUCUUGUUCUGAUCUUGUUUUCCAGAAAUAAAAACCAAAAUG